AACUCCCCCAAAGCGAACCCCUCGUCGCCAUCCUCCUCAACUCCUCGAGAACCCAAACUUCAUCUCCCGUCCACCACCAACCCCCCAGGUCCGCAGAACCCACCGAAGCCGCUCGUAUGGCUGGUACGGCUCCGCGAUCCCAUCCCAGCUAUGGACUACAAUACCUAACUAUAAUGCUAGAUCUUCGGCGCAACAGGCCACAUGGGCCGCUCCCUCGUCAAAAACGCCCUCUGCCGCAAUGAUCUCGUUGCCGCCGUCGGCCGCACCUUCGAAAACACCCCCGAAAGCAUGAAAGCGCUCGAAUCCGAGCACGAAAACUGCCUCGGUCUCCUCUGCGAUGUGCGCGUCCGCGAAACCGUCAAACGAGUCAUCGAUCUGACAAUCGCACGCUUCGGACGUAUCGAUGUUAUUGCGAAUUGCUCCGGAUACGGUGUGUUGGGGGCAUGCGAGGACCAGGACGAGUAUGAUAUACGGAAUCAGUUUGAGACGAAUUUCACGGGGACGUUGAAUAUGAUUCAGUUAUCGUUGCCGCAUUUUCGGGAGAGGGGUGCGGGGAGGUAUUUGAUUUUUAGUUCUACGUCUGGGGCGCUGGGGGUGCCGGGGCUGGGGCCGUACUGUGCGAGCAAGUAUGCGGUCGAGGGGUUAAUGGAGAGCAUGUUGUACGAGGUGGAUAGUUUCAACAUCAAGACCACUCUCGUGGAACCAGGACACAUGCGACGCGACGACAUCGUACAUCUCGUUUCCGACCCAGCCGGCUCCAUUCCCCCCUCCGACUCAGCGAACAACAGCAGAAACAACAACGAACACAACCUCUCCUCCCCCCUCCCGCUCUACGGCCAUUUCCUCGUGAAACCGCCCAGCGAGCCAUACAACACGGCGACAUCCCCUGCAGCACACGCAAAACGAAUGCUCCUCUGGCUGGGCGAUAGGCAGCCGGCGAGUGCUGUUAAAGCGGCGCAUUUGGUUUGGGAGCUGGGGCAUUGUUCUUAUCCGCCGCUAAGGCUGAUUCUGGGGACGUAUGCGGUGGAGAGUAUUAGGGAUCGGUUGAAGUGUAUUAUUGAGGAGAUUGAGGAUUGGAAACAUCUUAGUUUUCCGUCAUUGGAUCAGCCGCAGCAGCAGGGGAGUAGUGGUGGGAAUAGGAAGGAUAGGGCGGAUUCGAUGGGGUGAUUGUUGCCAGACCAAAUUGUCCUGGUCAGAGGACUACAGAUCCAUUGCCCUUACCCCCCCAUCUUGAGGGAAUAUAUCCUAUCACCCUCGGAUCCAUGCAGCUCGGCUCGAGCAUCACCUUACUCCAGACUUAAGACGGACACCUUGAUAUGCGUCAAACCUGGCUGGCUAUUGGAGCUGGCGCUGGCUGGUUUGGUAGCCUAAGUACGACUCACUAGAUCACAUUCACAUUUUACUUGUUGAAUUAAGACGACACGUCUGUAUGUACAAUAAACAAGAAGAAUGAGACACCCAUUCCAUAUACACUCCCUCGCACAGACGACAUCAUAAACAUGUAUCAUAGACUAUACACAAUCAAAUCUAUUCAUUCAUACAUCGUGCCUCUCUCCC